AUGGUAGCCAAAAGGGUGCCCGCCGAGUUGGGAGAGCAGCUCAAGAACGACGAUCGCGAUGUCGCAGACCUGUGGAAAGAGGCUAUCAACAGCUAUCAGAGUAUAGUUGGUUUCAAUCUGCAACGCAAGUUCGACAACGUGCAGUCCAUGAUCGAUUUUGGAACUGACCAAAUGAAUAACUUCCACAAGUUCAGACAUGACAAGGGCAAAGUUGAUCGCUUGAGGACUUUAUUCUCGGCCAACUUGGACCUAGUGGAACAAGGUGCAAACCAGAUCAUAGCUGCUGCAUCACCCGCUUUCCCACCAGCGGCUGCCAUCGGAACGGCCUUGACCUACAUGCUUCAGGCUUGUCGCUCUGUCUCGGCCGAUUAUGACAUCGUCAUUGUGUUUUUCGAGGAUAUGAAUAGCUUCCUUGCUAGGAUUACCAUUCUAGAAACGAGACUGCCUAAGCACAAGGCUUAUCAGAAUUGCCUGAUGGAUGUCUUUACUUCACUGCUGACUAUGUGCGGUUUCGCGCACAAGUACAUCGAGCUUGGACGAUUCAAGAAAUGGAUCUCCAAUCUAUUCAACGGCGACGAUGGAGAACUCAGUGGUGCACGUGCUAAGAUGGAUAAUAACUUGAAACAUCUUCAGCAGGCCACUGAGUUCGCCAUUCUCGGCAAUACAGAAGAGACUCUCGCAAUGGCGUCUCAGCUAGACGAGAACCAAAGAAACCAUGCCGAGAUGCUACAACGAGUCGGGCAUGCUAUCGACACGAUUCAGGAAAACACGGAAAACAUCAAAGGUGAUAUUGCAAAACUCCUCAAGCUCUUUGGUGGACAGAAGCAGCAAGAGAAGUCCCAGGAGAAGGAUCAAGCCAAGAAACCUGCCUCUGGUAACAAAGUACGGAACUUCAUGCCUGUGGUGUUUAACGAUGACCAAGAGUACAAGAGCUUGGAAGAGACAAUCCUUCCAGAUUCCUGUAGUUGGAUCUUCGCAGAGCCCGAAUGGGAAGAGUGGUUGAAGUUACCCGUGGUUGAACGCCCAAUCCUGGCCCUUACAUCAGGACCCGGCACUGGCAAAAGUCACAUGGCCGCUGCAGUGCACGAUAAGCUCGCGCAGAGGGCAAAAGAGGAUGCUAGUGGACAUACUUAUGUUGGUCACUUUUAUUUCCGUGAGCAGGACGAUACUUACAAUUAUUUUCUCUCCGGCGUUAUCACUGUUAUCAUUCAAAUUGCAGAAACCAACAAUAUUGCUUGCGAGAAACUGAGUGCUCAGAUAUCGAGAGAUGACUUGUGUAUCGACAACAUGAAAUGGCAAGAUUUGGUCAAAUAUCUUCUCGUCCCUGUCUUUGGGCCCGGCUCCAAAUUCAGCCUCUUUAUCAUCCUCGAUGGUUUGGACGAGCUGGAAGACUGGGAGAGUUUCAGAGAAUUCUUAUCCGAAUUCUUCAACAACAAAGGACUGAGAAUUUCGCUCGUAGUGACCUCGCGACCUGACCGAUUGGAGGACGUCCCCCAAGGCACAAAUAUGGUCCAAAUACAAGCGACCAAGAAAAAGCAGAGUCAGGACUUCAAGGCCUUGAUCUGGAGCCGCCUCAACACACUGAACAAUCUUCGAAAGUUCAGGCGUUAUGUCAAACAAAGGGUUGCUGAUAGUAUUGAAGAGGUCUCCCCAAACAUGCUAUAUGCCGAGCAUCUCCUUGUUCGGCUUGACGAAUCAGGCCGCGAGGGGGCAGCUCUUCGAGCACUCAAAGAAAAGAAGCCAGCUGAUCUCGCUGGCAUCUACGAAAUCCUUCUUGCAGAAUGCCAGCGUCGUUUGCCAGCCAAGCACCAACAAGUUGCUGCCUCGUUACUUCAUUGGGUAGCUUUCUCCCAGCGAAGCUUAUCGCUCACCGAAGUUCAGUUGCUCGUCAAGCACCUGGCGCAAGACGAUGACUUUAGUAUCGAAGAGAUGCCCGAGCUGUUCUCCAAGUUCCUUCGAGUUGGUGGUGCCGGCUAUGACCCUGAAGUGUACGCCAAGAUCGUGGCUAGCAACCUUAGUGCUGUUCAAGACGUGAAGCAGGACGAGGAUGACAAUCGUGACAGUAUUUACGACGAUGGUCCACUUCCAGUCACCUUUCAAGAACGCUCAAUUAGGCUUUAUUUUACCAACAGUUCCAAGAACGCAGGCAAGUUCAGAUGGGGGUCUUCAGAGGCACAUCGAAAGAUAGCUAUAACAUGCGCUGAGUUUCUACGUACUAUUGACGACGAUGAGAGCAAGCUAAAGGCUCGUGCCAUCGCAUUCCAACACCACUUUAACAAUAUCGAUAUGGACCAACACACCUCUGAAGAGCAGAUUGAGGCUCUUGAAACUUGUGCAGAGGUCAUAUCUAACAAGACCGGAUUAGCUAAGAUCCUGAUUAAGGCUGAUAUCAAUUUCAAGAGCCCAGCCUUAGUUACCGGGACCCAUGAAAAGCUAGCGAAGUGGUAUACGCUCCUGGAAAAGCCAGAGAUCAGACUUAAUCUUAGCAGCUUUGCAUUGGACUGGUGGCAACGGGUUGGGUUAGAUCUCCCAUCUUGCCGCCUUGGUGUCGUCAAGGCCAUGGGAACUGCUGCGGGAUCUCCUUCAUUCGAGAAACUUCUAAUGGGCCAAGCUGCAAUAAACUUUCCUGCCGAAUUUAGGGACAAGGGCACAGUCAAGGGCAAGGAGGAAUAUGAUGAGACUGUCGCCAGUCUGGGAAUCCUGAAUCUAUUCAGUGAUGAUAUCAAACCUGACGCAACAGCACAUCGUGCUGUCUCAGAAAUCCUUGCUUGGUGUGACCUUAUGGGACCAGCUGAGACAACUUGCAAACAGGCUCUGGAGCUUUGUAAUCCGAGCGACCAGGAGUGGUAUAAAGCCUCCAACCACUUGGUCGGUAUUCUGUUGCGGCGGAAGAAGAAGAACGAGGCACAUGAGGUGGCAAUCGCUGCGGUCAACCAAUCAUCCAGUAAUGGAAUGCCUCCUUCACUUCAACGAACCAUUCAUUCAACAUGUGCGAGAGCUCAAUGGGAGCUCGGUUACUCGGAGCCUGCACUAGACUCUUACGCUAAAGCCAAGGCCAGCGACCCAGAUGGAAUCACCCCCGGUGAGGAUCUUACCGGAGAGCUCACAGUCGUCGAGAGGAGAGAAAACAAGACGGACUACACCCUAAAGCUGAAGAAAUGGAGCCUUCUUGAGAGAAUUACCUGGCUCGCGUCAGAAUUCAUGGAUGAUGCGGAUGAGAAGCUAGCAGUUUUCUGUGACAUUGCCUGUGAACUGGGCGAGCAGGAAUUUAUUGUACGAUUCUACGAAGAAGCAAUCGAGUUUCUCGAUAACCUGGAUGCUGCUACACCCCUACGAUUCCACCUCGCAAAGGUAUACUUCCAAGUUUGUCGAAAUCCUCAAAGGGCUAUGGAAGUACUUGAUCAGCUAUUUGAUAUCCACUCAACUACCUACAGGUACCCCAUUCUGGGCGGAAGUGCACUCUGGCUGAUGGAUAACCUCCUCGAUCUAAUGGCGGAAGUUCAGCUGGCCCUAUUCCGCGAAUCUAGAGAUCCAGAAUACAAAGCUGAGCGAAUUGCUUCACUGGCUAGCCUCGACCAGCGACCGUUCAUGGUGAAUAUUCCACGGACCUCUGUCUCCUGGACCAGUGCUCACAGAGUGACACUUGCCUAUAUGUAUCUUGUCAUGGGACCUUUGGUCAAGUUCCAGGAGACUGUGCAGUCUCUGCUGAAAGACUGUUUCGCCGGUCUUGAUGAUUCCGUUGGGUGGAAUGAUGCACCUUAUCUCACGUUGUUAGCAAAGCUAUUGGGCCUUAUGAGUAAGGCGCUACGUGGCGACGCGCAACUACGCAGAUAUGCUAGGAUUGUCGGUUCUGCCUUGUUCUCGCGACUAAGCAACACCGACGACAAUGGAAAGGGCGUAGUGGCUGUUGAAAGUGAAAGCACAAAUCGAUCUUCAGAGGAGCCGAAUGGUAUACAGAACGUAGAUGACCAAGCACAUGUCAUAGACGGCAAAGAAGAAGCCAAGAUCAACAGAGGCUCCAACGGGGAAGAGGAUGAUACCCCACCCGGAGAUGAAGGCGACCUGACCGACGAUACUUGGUAUGGUUGCGAAGGGUUCUGCAACCCCGAACGCGAGUUCCGAUGGUGGGGAGGUCACUCAGCCUACCUAUACCUGGCCUUUGAGUCAGGUAUUAUCUGCGAGGACUGUCAAGCCGAAUACGACGCCAUUGAGCGUGGCGAAAAGACUUUCAAGGGCCGAUAUUUUUAUGGCCUUGGCCAAGACAGAAUCAAGCUUCCUAUCGAAGGUUGGCAAGGGGUCAAAGAUGGUAAGAUAAUGUUGGAGGGUGAGGAGCCAGUUGCUGUGGAUGACUUUUUUAAGAAGCUGCAGGACGAGGUGCUGACGAACGCCUGGGAACGUCUUUGGGCUGGUGAGGCAUUUUGA